CCGGGCGGGCGUUGUCAGACGGAGCCGAGCCCACAGGACGCGCAGUCACACCGCCGCUAACGCUAAGUCUACGGGAGUUAGCCGGGGAGCUAACCAUGAGCUAACGAGCAGCUAGCUCAGUCCAAACGACGCACCGAGGUGAACGCCGUCUACAUUUACCGGAAUCAUCAUCCGGCCCCAUUAUUGUUGCAUUUUUCCGGCCUUCAUUUCACAAUCCUUCCCCCCUCACCUUGAACCUUCUACCUGUCACACUCGGAUCUCUCGGCACCCAGAGCCAUGGCAGCCGCGAAGCCAAAAGGGCAGAACUCUCUGGCCCUCCACAAAGUGAUAAUGGUGGGCAGUGGCGGGGUGGGCAAGUCAGCCCUCACGCUCCAGUUCAUGUACGACGAGUUCGUUGAGGACUAUGAGCCCACCAAAGCAGACAGUUACAGGAAGAAAGUGGUGCUGGACGGGGAGGAGGUGCAGAUCGACAUCCUUGACACAGCCGGACAAGAGGACUACGCGGCCAUCCGAGAUAACUACUUCCGCAGCGGGGAGGGUUUCCUCUGCGUCUUCUCCAUCACGGAACUGGAAUCGUUCGCAGCGACGGUCGACUUCAGAGAGCAGAUUCUGCGAGUGAAGGAGGACGAGAAUGUGCCCUUUCUCUUGGUUGGCAACAAGUCCGAUUUGGACGACCGGCGGCAGGUCAGCGCCGACGAGGCGAAGGCCCGCGCCGAGCAGUGGGGCGUGUGCUACGUGGAGACUUCGGCUAAAACCCGCGCCAAUGUCGACAAGGUGUUCUUUGACCUGAUGAGAGAGAUCCGGGCGAGGAAAAUGGAGGACAGCAAAGAGAAGAAUGGGAAGAAGAAAAGUAAAAGUUUGGUCAAGCGAAUUCGAGAGAGAUGCUGUAUUUUAUAGUGGCGGACGUGAGCGGAGUAGCUGCUGAUGUACAUAUACAUUUCUCUGACUUUUGCAUUUAUUUUGUGCCCAUACCUGACCAUGACUUCCUGUUCCUGGCUAACAGGACAUCUGACCGAGUGUCAGGAAUUAGUAAGGUGGCACCCCAUACUCCAUUUAAAGCUCUAACUUUUUGAUUUAGGCCCUAAGCUUGACAAGAGGCUACGCCCCGAAAUGUUACGGAACCUUUUAUUGUGAAGUUUGACGUGUACGAAGUAGUCAGACAGAUGUGCAGUUUUAAAAGAAAAGAGACGAGAGAGCGUCGGAGCCGAGGUUUAAACAGGGAAGUCGGGUCGUACGUGUAAGUGGACGGACUCGGUGUCGUGUCGACCCAGAAUCCAUCAAGUGCCACCAAGGAAAUGUCGGUUGCACUCGUGACUUUAUGAAGCAUUUUAAUGGAAAAGAUCGCGACUAAGAGCGGAAAUUUGACGCCAUUCACGUUUGUUGUUUUCACAUCUUAAUUCUUCAAGUUUUUUUCUUUAAAAAAAAUCUGCAUUCAAACUUUUUCUUUUUCUUUCCAUCUCAUAUCAACUAGUGAAAGAUAUAAGCGCACUCGCGUUGACUUUCUCUCCCCCCUUCGCGUCACUUUGUCGAGUCGAAUGCACAAACCACAUCGAUCGUCCCGCCAUAAAUCUGAAAAUGAGUUCGCAACACUGGAAAGAAGUUUUACCUCAUUUGGCCAACGACUUUCUUUGCUUUUUAAAGGAAUCCCUGGUGCUCCUGACGAAAAGGCGAUUCCAUAACACUACGUCCUUUACCGGCUGUUUUUUAAACGCAUCGCAAAGUUGAUCCAAUAAAUUAGCGCACAGUCGUGCAAAGAUUUUAUUUGGCCGAUUUAACUUUUUUCCUGGCUCCCAUUUUAUUUAUUUUUAUCCCGACUUUUCUAUGUACUUAAAUAUAUUUCCUAAUGGGGACUUAAGUGGGAAUUAAUCAAUGGAUAGUUGAAAUUUAAGAACAAUAUAAAAAAAAAAGAUGCAGGCUCAGUAUAAGUGAGGUGGUACUUAUCCAAAAAAAAGGUUGCGCUCAUACACCAAAGAAGUCUGCUAGCUGGUACAACCAAGUGGCCACUUAUUUACUGGAAGUGAAUGACAACUUUAAUUGUGAACGGCCGGGGGAAUGAAAUGCAAGGCUACGGGGCCGAUUUAGUAAUUCAUGUACAGUGCAUCACUGUUGCCUCUCUGUCCAUUGUGAAUGUGAAUUACCCCCCCGCUCCCCCCUCCCUAUCCGCAUCCUGUUUGCCUGUAAUCUAAGCCCGCCAGUGAUGCGCAGAGUUUGAAGGUUGUUGACAUUCUACCUCGUUUACCUUUUGUGCAAGGUCUCCUGGCGUUCGGCAUCUCGACGGAGUAACCGGCCUCUCGGUUUCCUCGCGUAGUCAAGUGAGAAAUACAUUGACAGAAUACGAAACGCUCUAUUUGAUGCAGUUCAAAUCGCAUAGACCAACACACACUGUGAAGUCUGCCCCUCCGUUCUCGUAGUUCCCCCGUUCACGACUGAGCCACUUUGUUUUUUUGUCUUUUAACUUAUUUAAACUAACUUAUUUUUAUUGUGAAAGUGUGACCACUAUUUAGAGGUUGUUGCCACAUUUUUUUACUUUGAUCCAGUUUGAAGAGUGAAUGCGUGUGUGUGUGUGUGUGUGUGUGUGCGUGCGUUGCCAACAGCGACGGCUCACCAUUUCCAUAAAAGGAUUUCCUCAACCGACACUGGAGUCUAUGCAAAGAAAAGAAGAAGGGAUUGUCGUAAUUGCAAAGAGGAGGAGAAUAUAAAGUGUAGAGACUUUUCAAACCAGUGUCUGCAAGUGCAGCGGAAAGCAUUUGAGCUUUAACGCUGUUUAGAGGUCUGACCACAGAACCACGGCUUUUAUAUUUGAAAACAUUGUCCCAUUGAUUCUCCGGCUUAAUACAUUAACACUAAAUAACUCCUGGCGUUGAUUACAGGCUUUGUUUGUCAUAAUAAUCGUAAAAAGGAAAAAAGGGAAAUGCUCAAGAAUGUCCGCGGCAUUUCGUGUCAACAGAAAAGCAGCAGAGAGAGAUUUAGAGUUUAAAGACAUGUGACUCGGCGCGUCAGAAUGUAUACGAUAGUAGUUUUGAGUUCAUAUGUUUUAAGGGCUAAUCACCGUGAUAGAAGAGCACCUGGAGGUCAAAGUGACGCACAGAGUAAGACUCCCAGGCUGUUACGGCCUCCGCUGACAGGCCGUCGCAUUAACUGCUGCGGCGUCUUCAUCGUUUGCAAAUGCAGAAGCUACCACCAUUGUGCUUGUUUACUCUAAUAACAUCCACGUAUAACAGUCUGACACGUUAAUACGGCCACAAAUGUUUUCAGUGGGAUUCAAUUGGUGAUACUAAAACAAAGCUAGGAGCAAACUGUCUGACAGGGUAUUGGAAUAUUGGUUUUGCCUUUAUUUAUAUAUAUAUAUACACUACCGUUCAAAAGUUUGGGAUCACCCAGACAAUUUCGUGUCUUCCAUGAAAAAUCACACUUUUAUUUAUCAAAUGAAUAUAUAAUAUAGUCAAGACAUUGACAAGGUUAGAAAUAAUGAUUAAUAUUUGAAAUAUUAAUUUUGUUCUACAAACUUCAAGCUCAAAGGAAGGCCAGUUGUAUAGCUUAUAUCACCAGCAUAACUGUUUUCAGCUGUGCUAACAUAAUUGCACGGGUUUUCUAAUCAGACAUUAGUCUUCUAAGGCGAUUUGCAAACACAAUGUACCAUUAGAACACUGGAGUGAUAGUUGCUGGAAAUGGGCCUCUAUACACCUCUGGAGAUAUUUCAUUAGAAACCAGACACUUCCACCUAGAAUAGUCAUUCACCACAUUAACAAUGUAGAGAGUGUAUUUCUGAUUAAUUUAAUGUUAUCUUUAUUGAAAAAACUGCUUUUCUUUGAAAAAUAAAGACAUUUCUAAGUGAUCCCAAACUUUUGAACGGUAGUGUAUAUAUAUAUAUAUAUGUGUGUGUGUAUAUAUAUAUGUGUUUAUAUAUAUAUAUAUAUAUAUAUAUAUAAAUACCCUUGGGAAUAAUGAGUACAUAUCCAUGUAUCUGAUUGGAUGGUUGUAUGUAUGCCAUCGCCUCGGUGUCUCCUUCUUGUUGACUUAUUUUGAACAUAACCACUAAUGUAUCCUGUCUGUUUGUUAAAGCAAGAGGUGAAGCUUACAUUUAAAAAAAAAAAUUUUUUUUGUGAGUUACUUGAAAAUUGCAAAUAAAGUGGAUAUUACUAAUAACAUUU